UUCGUUAUGCAUCACAGAAUAGAACACUAAUUUUCUUUUUUCACACUAUUUUGGCCGAGGCAAAGUAUAAUUUCUUUCUUUUUCCCCAAGGCUGAAUUAAGGGGCAAACCGUAAAUAUCCAAGAGGUCGAUUGCGUUCUCGGCCUCUUUGUUUUCUGAUUUUUAACGCAUUCCGAGGAAAGAGGAAAGGCGCAACAGAGAGAAGGAGAAGCCGGAUCUGGAAAUGUGAAAGAAGAAUAAGAGAAGGGAAUCAGAGAGAGACAGAGAGAGAGAGAGAGACAGAGAGAGAAUGGUGUCGGAACAGGAAAAGAUAGUUGGAAGCUGUUUGUUUGGAGCUGCGACGGCUGUCAUAGGAGCCUCGUUGCUCCAUCUCUACUGGAAAGGAGAACCGCUUCCAUUAGGAUUAGGGCUAGGUUUGGGAUUACCAUGGCGCAGGUUCAGACAGCAGCGGAAGCCUGUUCGUGUCUACAUGGAUGGUUGCUUCGACAUGAUGCACUAUGGCCAUUGCAACGCCCUCCGUCAAGCCCGUGCUCUCGGUGAUCAAUUGGUAGUCGGCGUUGUCAGCGACGAGGAAAUCAUCGCCAACAAGGGCCCUCCUGUCACGCCCCUCCACGAGAGAAUGAUAAUGGUGAAGGCUGUGAAGUGGGUCGAUGAGGUCAUCCCCGAUGCUCCUUACGCCAUCACCGAAGAUUUCAUGAAGAGAUUAUUCGUCGAGUAUCAGAUCGAUUAUAUCAUACAUGGGGACGAUCCCUGCGUUCUUCCCGAUGGAACCGAUGCGUAUGCCCUCGCUAAGAAAGCUGGUCGCUACAAGCAGAUCAAGCGCACCGAAGGCGUCUCUAGCACCGAUAUAGUUGGUCGUAUGCUUCUCUGCGUAAGAGAAAGAUCCAUUAAUGACAGUCACAAUCAUUCCUCUUUGCAAAGACAGUUUAGCCAUGGUCACAGCCCAAAAUUUGAGGAUGGAGGUUAUGCUGCUGCAACCCGUGUCACACAUUUUCUUCCUACUUCUCGGAGGAUUGUUCAGUUCUCCAAUGGCAAGGGGCCAGGGCCUGAUCAACGGAUAAUAUAUAUAGAUGGUGCUUUCGAUCUUUUCCAUGCUGGCCAUGUGGAGAUUCUCAGGGUUGCUCGAGAGCUUGGUGACUUCCUACUCGUUGGAAUACAUAAUGACCAGACAAUCAGUGCUAAAAGAGGAGCACAUCGACCCAUCAUGAAUCUUCAUGAAAGAAGCCUAAGUGUUCUGGCUUGUCGUUACGUAGAUGAGGUGAUAAUUGGUGCUCCUUGGGAAGUGUCAAAAGACAUGAUCACAACUUUUAACAUUUCUCUGGUCGUCCAUGGAACAGUGGCGGAAAGUAGUGAUUUUUUGAAGGAGAAAGAUAACCCGUAUGCUGUACCAAUCAGUAUGGGCAUAUUCACAAUUCUAGAAAGCCCUUUGGAUCUCACAACAUCCACAAUAAUAAAGAGGAUUGUUGCAAACCAUGAAGCUUACCAAAAACGUAACAUGAAAAAAGAAGCUAGCGAGAAAAGGUACUAUGAGGAGAAGACUUAUGUUACUGGGGAUUGAUGUAUGGGCAUUGGGUGGUGACUAGGAUCGCAAUAUUUAGGCUCUCAAACACCUUAUACACUCUUAGAGGAGUUUUUUGGUGGCAUGCUGCUGCCAUCUUUUGGUUUGCAAUGAAGCAGUGGCUGGUCUUAGGUUUUCCGUCUGUGUUGUUUUAAGCAUAUCGUGGAUUUUCUUUCCCAAGGAUCCCUGUAUGAUGAGAGAAGAUGAUUUAGAGAGAGCAGGAAUUUCCAGCCACGUGUUGGCGACUUCAGUUGCUUUCUAGACAAAUUUGUGUUCUCCAGUUUUAAUUAAUCUAAUUUCUCA